AUGGGCUUCGGCACAUAUCUGGCAGAUGAUUCGCUUGAUAAAGGGACUAAUAUUUCACCGGAAGAACACCCUUUAGAUAUGGGUUUCGAGAUGGAUCCGGUACGUGUUGAUCCGGAUCAGUCUUUCGCCGUCAGUCGACAGGAUCCAGUUGGAUAUGUAAUUCAACGGGCUGUAGGUGAUUUGCGCGAGGCAAUGCACCGGUUGCAGAUUGACCGGGCUGGUAAUGCAAUGUCGCCGGACGAAGCCUUUGCUAGAGAGCAAGUUCUUGACUGUACACAAGAGUUAUUGUUGGCAUGUCAACUGAUGUCGAUAUCUCGACUUUCAACGUGA